CCCAUUCCUCGGCUGCACUCCUCCUCGCCUUCUUCUUCCGUUCGAUUGCUUUCUCUCCUCUGCCCCCACGGCGGUUCUCCCUCCAUUCUCGCCCAGAUGAAGAGCAAGAGCGCCGAUGGGGCUUCCAGGAUGGAGCGGAAGACGCUGGAGAAGAACCGCCGGGUCCUGAUGAAGAGCUUGUGCAUGAAGCUCGCUUCGGUCAUCCCCAAAGAGCAUUACGCCAGCUCGAAGGAUAUGUUGAGCCAACAAGAUCAAUUGGAUCAAGCCACAUCUUACAUCAAAACUCUUAGAUCAAGGAUUGAGAAGAUGAAGGAGAGGAGGGGCAGAAAUAUAAUCAUCCAAGAUACGGAAAAGGAAAUUGACAGUGCCACUACAUCAGAGUUCACAUUGCCAUUCGUCGAAGUAAGGCACCAGGAUUCCAAUUUGGAGGUAGUUCUAAUAAGUGGGCAGGAGAAGAGGUUCGUGUUCCAUGAGGUGAUCAGUGUUCUCGAGGAAGAAGGAGCUCAAGUUAUCAAUGCCAACUUCUCUGUUGUGGGUGAAAAAAUUUUCUACACAUUGCAUUCCCAGGCAGUGAGCUCCAGACUGGGGUUAGAUGUUUCAAUAGUAACUGAGAGGUUGAAGCAAUUGAUCAGAUGAGAUGAGCAUUCGUCUGCACAAGUCGCUUUCCUCCAGAAUUGUAGCGUCGAUGAUCAACCUAUGCUUCAUCGAUAUGAAUGGUUGUUUGAGGAAAAGAUGAAAACUGGAAGUUCUUGGUCUAUUGUUUUGGUUAACUAUUGUGUUGCUCACGCUCAAUAAGACAAUGCAAUGCCAGCAAAGUCUUUCGUUGGAUUCUUCUUCUAAGUCAUUCCUUGUUACUUAUUAGGAGGAUUUUGUUUUCUAAUAGAUGAUAUGAAAUGAAUUUGACUA